AUGCUAUGCAAACGUGUAAAGUCGUGGGGAGACAGCCUUUGCUUGAAGAGCAAGCGUCUUCUCGUUUUGUUGUUCGUUUCAUCAGCGAUAUUGACGUAUAUUGUUUAUGACCGUACAUCUAGAAGCAGAAGUUCCUUAGAACAGUCUUAUCUCCGAAGUUUCCAAAGUAAGAACAAAAAGACUAAAAUAUUUUCUGGAGGAGGAAUUGUGAAACAGCCGAAACAGAAACACGUGGCAAUAAAGGUGUCCUCGGAUUUCAAAACAACACUUAAUCCAGCUCUAACCUCAUUUGGAGGGAAAAAAUUUUCUUCGGAAUCGCUCAAAGAGACAACCACUGAUAGGAAAUAUCCGGUAAAGAGUUUUCAACGCCAUGAAAAAAGCUCUGUUAACGAGGAUGGCUUCAUCACAGAUGAUGAAAAAAAGGGAAACAAUUCGGAAUCCUUUGCAAAAACAGUACAUGGUGAUCGGAAACGUUUGAUGAAUUUUAGAAGUCACGUUAAAGAUGAUGAAGCUGAUAGGAACGUCGCUAAAAUUAGAAUCGAGGAUGGAGAGAUGAGGAAACGGCUCCCAAAUGCUAUUAUCAUCGGCGUGAAGAAAGGGGGAACGCGAGCACUUCUGGAAAUACUGAAGAUCCAUCCAAGUAUCAGAGCUUGCAGUAGCGAGGUUCAUUUCUUCGAUCGUGAUGAAAAUUAUGAACAAGGUCUCGAGUGGUACCGGCAACAAAUGCCAGCUUCAUUACCCCAUCAAAUCACAAUCGAAAAAUCACCAAGUUACUUUAUUACACCUGAAGUUCCAGAGAGAGUACAUCGAAUGUCCAAGACUGUGAAACUCCUUGUAAUAGUUCGCGACCCUACUCGUCGAGCGAUAUCCGAUUAUACACAGUCACUGGAAAGAAAACCCGAUAAUCCUCCUUUCGAAGAAAUGGUAAUGGACGCUGAUGGCAAAAUCGACGAAGACUGGUCAAAACUAGAGAUCGGUCGUUAUGCUAAGCACCUAGCGCGUUGGUUAAAAUAUUUUCCUUUACACCAGAUUCACUUUGUGAGUGGAGAAGAGUUGAUCAAGCGGCCGGCGAAAGAGGUACAACUAGUGGAGCGAUUUUUAAAAUUGAAACCUUUUAUAACGGAGGACAAUUUUUUCUUCAACGAGAGUAAGGGAUUUCCAUGUUUUGUAGGCAAAAUUACAGAGAACGGUUCGGUAAAAAAAUCGCACUGCAUGGGUGAAAGCAAAGGACGAAAACACCCUGUUGUUCAAGAAGACGUACUCGAACGUUUACGAGAAUUCUUUCGUCCUCUUAACGGGAAGUUUUAUUCCAUGGUGGGGCGAAAUUUUAACUGGGAUUAA